UACUCACAAACCCUCACAGCGCUGCGGAUAAAACACACGGGAUUUGUCUCUCCCUUCUCUCUGUUCUUCUUCUUCUUCUUCUUCCUCCUCCUCUUCUGCUCCGCGGCGGUGCUCGUGCGAAGUGUUCGCCUCUUUUAAUGCCUCGUGCUCUCGCGCAAAACAUGGGAUUUACGUCGUAGCGCCGCCGUUAACGAGAAUGCGCUCCGGCUGGAAACUUUCUCAAUGGAUUUUACCGACGGCUCUCCAGACUGACUUACUCACCCAUGGAAUAAACUCUCCCGCAAAUUGGAUUUAUUUCACCUGAACGGGGGGCUAAAGUGUCGAAAGCACGGACUUCAGAUGUGUCCCAUGCCAGCCAGAGUGACCCUUCAGUCCCGAGAUGGAUUCCACAAGUCAGAACGACAGCGACGGGGGAGGAGGACACCACGGGCGGUCGCCGCCAUCGGCCGGCUCGCCGGUCAUGCCGCAUGACGAAGGGAGACCGCAACAACGGCCUAUGCAAACUUUAGAUGGUCUGCCAGAUCCUGGGUUGACCAACAGGCAGCUGGCCCAUACUCCGGCUGUGCUAUCUCUGGAUCAGAUCAGGAUAAGUAGGAGUAGCAAUGAGUACACAGAAGGACCUACAGUCGCCCAAAGGUCUCCAGCCGCUCCGCAUAGGCAACAGAAGAGUGACUUGGCUUCGUCACCAAGUUCUAGGACCAGUGGGCAGCAGGAGACUCCGGAAGAGGGGCCCAAUAAUCUCCGUAACCUGAAUUCAUUGACUCAAUAUGGAAACACAGAUAACUCCAUUUCCUCCAGGGAGGGCGUGCUGCGGUCCUCCAGCGCAGAGGACUCCCUGAGCAGCAUCAGGACCAGCGUGGGGAGCACUUCUUCAGGCCAGAGGCUCCUCAGCAGCCCGGCAGGGAGCAACCAGAUAAUCAGAACCCAGCCCAAACGCGCAGAGCUCAAUUCAGAAGAGCUGAAGCCCCUGAACCAUGAGUCCAGGGUCAUACUGGCCGUGCCCGGCAGCGGAAGCAAUAAAAAUCAAGGCAUACACACCACCAAGUGCGAGGACUGCGGUCGAUGCUGCUGCCAGGAGUGUAGUCGCCUGCGGAAGCUCCCUGCCUGCUGGAUGUGCGGCCGUCGGUGCAUGUGCUCGGUGCAGAUCGCGGUGGAGUACGGGACCUGCGUUUGCUGCGUCAAGGGGCUCUUCUACCACUGCUCCAGCGACGACGAGGACACGUGCGCCGACAAGCCCUUCUCGUGCACGCAGUCGCACUGCUGCGUCCGCUGGACCACCGUGUCGCUCCUCUCCCUGCUCUUCCCCUGUCUCCUGUGCUACCUCCCGGCUAAAGGAUGUGUCGCCGUGUGCCAGAGCUGCUAUGGCCGAGUCGCGCGACCCGGCUGUCGGUGCAAGAACACAAACCGGAUCCAGUGUUAGGAUGACGGCAAGCCGACGUAGACGAGAUGGUGGUGUAUGUUGAAAUGCAGAAGGACAGAAAGAUGUUGACUGAACUGAUAGACGGCCCUGUAGUUCUGUAGUUGAAAGGUUUGAUUAGAGAGCUAAUGAUGCUUGAGUUGUUGCGUUUUCCGUGUAGAUCUUCAUGCCUUACAGAUCUGGGCAGAGACAUGGUCACAGUUUGCCUUCAGUUGCCAACUUUCAAGGCUGGUUGACAAAAGUAUGACUACAAAAGGAGGUGCAGUCACUCACCCGAGCAUUAAGAGUUUCAAUUGAAAGGUAAACCAAAAUAAGCGCUUCACGUGAUGCAAGGUAUGAAGACAUAUUCAACUACUGUUUUGUCCUGAAAAAUAAUUUCUUCACUCAAGUGCCCAGAUAUCGUGUUGUUGCUAUGAGAGUCCAAAUGGAUAGCCUUUUUUUUGUAACAUUUAAUACAACUUAUAUGCUAAGAAGAGACUCCUAUUACUAACUAUAUGUAAAGUAGUAAAUGCAAAGGGUAUGUACAUUAGAAAAUGAGUUUGACAGAUGUUUUAUUUUUGUACAUAUAAUAAUACUUCAACUGUGAAAAGUUUUCUGCCAUACCAGAGGCACCUUGAUGAAUCCACAUUUAUAUGAAUCAGUCGACUUCAUUCAUACAAUGUUUGUACAUUCACUGGAAUGUAUAUCAAUCAUUUAAUGUAAUUUACAAAGGAAAAAAUCUUAUCCCUUCUACUUGUAAAUUGUACAGUGACCAUAUAUGAAAAAUUUAUUUUCUAAUUCCAACAUUGCUUAGUGUAAAGUUAAAAAAAAAAAUCUAUAUUUAUUUGAAGGUUUAUUAUUUUAUAAUGAAAAAUAUUUAUUUUGAGAAAGCAUUGUUCAUGUGUCACCUUGUACGGAGCUACUCUGUAGUCGCUGCAGAUUUUGAGGUGACCGGUAGGAGUGUCAAAGCUGGAUGAAUAGUUCACUAUGAAUUAGAAAACAAAUAUAUUAACGUUUGAAAUUAAACA